AUGAAUUCCAAGGGACCGGAAACUGUUGCAAAGUCAAAAGGGAUCGGUGGGACUGUUCCCUUGUGGAUGUUUCUUCGGCCAGAAGGUACAUUCGCUACAAAAAAAAAAGAGUUUGUCACACUCCUGCCAUUCGCUUGUUACAUCUGCCAUAACACCCUCCCCCCAAAUCGUGAAACAUUCCAGACCACGUUUCGACACUUCACCAGCACCACGAAAACAUCGCGUCUGUCAAUUCUGCCGACGUGGAAAUCAAAGCCAAACACAGACGCGAGGCCUGAUAGCGCGACGUCACCGCCUUUCUACUUUUGUUGCGUGUGCGGAGAAACCGAGUCGACCACCACGAACUCCGACGUCCAAUCCAAUCGUCGCCAGCAGUUGAAACGCGGACAGCGUGGGGAGAGAGCCGACACUAAGGUCGGGGAAGCGAUAUUUCCCCUCCGUAUUUUGCUUUUCUCUCUCUGCUGUCUCUCUCGCCCUCUUCAAAAGCCGCCUUAUCGAUUAGGUUGGGUAUCUGGCCCCAGCGAUUGGGCGACAUCGCUCGAGUCGAGAACCACCGCCAUCCCACUCAGAGGCCCAAUCCGACCCCACACGCCUGAAGUAUCGAUUCCCAUUCGUCGGAAGUGUCGGUGUGCCUUGUCAUUUCGACAGCAACAGACACAAAGGGGCUAAAUUCCAACUUCGCCUGAAUCUUCCGCCGCGUUGGUUGGUCUUAGUCACCAAAGUAAACCAGUAUCCGCACUUUGCAGAGACUUUGGAUCUCCAAGGUACCGGAACGUCCAAAGGACAAAGAGAAGCCCAACCACAACAAACAACGCAUUCAGGCAAGAAACAAAUCGCCCGUGAGGCCCCAGAGGUAUAAGAAUAGGAGGUCAACAGCUCGUUUGCACCCCCGCAUCUCCGCUCUUUCAUACAUCAUACAUUGCAUUCCAAAGAAACAUACUGUCAAUU